GGAACUUGGCACAUGACAAUUUUCGACAAACAUGUCUCGAGACGAGAUUACAAAAGAGGAUGUAGAGUCUGUCCGGGACCGUGCUUUGACAAAGUUUGAUGAGAACUUUAACAGUGGUGUGUAUGAUGAGAGAGAUGUGGACAAGUUCAAAACUGACGACGGUUUCGUGAAAACAUUUAUACGAGGACCAGGCCGACUGGAUGAGGCUGUUGAUCUGGUACAUGAGUCACUCAAGUGGAGGAAUGAAUUCAAAAUCAAUGAUAUCACAGAGGACACAUUUGAACGAUGGGCAUGGGAAAGAGGAGCUGUAUACUUUCACAAUGUUGAUAAAGAUGGCCAUGCUAUUUUGUAUUUCCGUGUUAAGGAACACAAGAGAGGGGAACAACCAACUGAGAAAGUGAAGCAGUUUGUUGCAUACUGGCUGGAGAGUGCGUUUAAAGAGAAGCCACACGAAAAGAUUGUUGUUUUGUUUGACAUGGCAUCGACAGGCUUGUCCAAUCUCGACAUGGAUUUAAUCAAAUUUGUAAUAACAUCCUUCAAGUUGUAUUAUCCAACUUUGUUAGCAUACCUGCUGGUUUAUGAGAUGCCAUGGGUACUAAGUGCUGCGUGGAAAGUGAUAAAGAGUUGGCUGAAUACUGAUGCACAGUCCAGACUGAAGUUUGUCACAAAGUCCGACAUACAGGAAUACAUCAACAAAGACCAGCUGAUGGAGCACAUGGGGGGCACGGAUACGUUCAAGUACAAGUACAUUCCACCAGAGGAGAGAGAGUCUGGCAAGAAGAAGGUGACAUUUGCAGACCAGACUCCUGCAGUAUUUAGAAGUUUUUCAGAAAAUCUCAACGAAGAAUGUAAACCCAAUGGAAUUCCGACAGGCAAAGUGAAAAUGCAAGUUGAGGAAUAUACUACAUGUAUAAGGAGGCAACCCUGCUCCCCCACCGAUCAAAUUAAUGGAAUCCUAAAUCAAAUGAGCAGACUUCGAAAAAUUCAUGAGGAUAAAAUAAACAGUCUUUCAUGUAGAAGAAGUAUAAUGUCAAGUCAAGAUAAUGAAGAGAAUUGUUUCAAUGGAAGACUCCUGACAAUCAAACCAGCUGAAGUACUCGAAUUUUCAGCUGCAGAUGGAUCCAAAGAGGCCUUUGAUAUUGUUUUCCUAACCAACACACUUCCUUACCCAAUUGCUUACAAGGUCAAAACAACAUCUCCUGAAAAAUAUCGUGUCCGGCCCAGUUAUGGUAUUGUGAAACCUGGAUCCUGCUCAAAAGUGUUCAUAUACCUUCAUGCAGAAUAUAACGACAAUGUUCACAAGGACAGAUUUCUCAUCAUGGCCAUGGAGCUCACUGACGACAACUGUGACAAUGCUGUUCACCUGUGGAAGUGUGUGCCCAAGGACUCCAUCAUGGAACAUCGGUUGCGCUGUAUAUACAACCCGUGUGCGAGAUCUCCAGGAAAACUACCAAGAGCACCAAAACUGUCUGCUGAGCAACAGUUGAUCAAAAUAUCAGACCAGCUGAGAGCUCUUGAAAGUGUUUCACUCUGGGUCAAGUAUAACUCACCAUGGGGACUGAAAAUGCAGUCGAUGAUAAGAUCAAAUAACCGACAGGAAUAUUUGAUUCGGUGUCUGCUAUUGUCUGUGUUCUUUCUGUACGGCAUUAUUGUGGUGAUACUGUUCAUACUUAUACGACAUCCAGAGUGGCUGAACAUCCAGACCACCUGCAAGUCUGUUCUCUUUUAGACAGAAGAAACACUGGGGAAAAAUUCAUAUGUGGACUUUUUUGUUUUAAAGUGGGAUUUAUAUAAAAAAAAUUAAUGAAGAAGCAUUUGAUUUUUAAUAUAUUGACGUAAGAAUUUAUUCCGGUUAUUAAUUUAAAUUAAACUUUGAAGCACUGAAUUAUUUAUUUUUUAUUUAGAUUAGAAACUUAUUUGCUGUUUUUAAUUUUAGAAUAAGAUGAAGAAGUAUCAAAACUUAUUUGUAAUUUUUAUUUAAAAUGAAGAUGUUUGUUUUUAGAUAUAGAUUUUAAAAUGAUAUGCCAUUUUUAAAUUCAAAAUAAACAUGUAGAUGAAGAAGCACUGAAAAUAUUUUAUAUAUACCAAAAGAUUGUUUGCAGUUUAAUUGCAUUAUUUUUGUACCUUUUAUAUUUAAUACAUUCAUAGUGAGAAAAUGUUUUAAUGUUUAAAACAAGAUAAUUAUGAUGUAAAAAUGGGGCACGUUUGCAGGUGUUAUAUAUAUAUAUAUAUUAUGCACAAGCAAUUUUAACAAUGUGUGAUAUAUUGAUCUAAAAAUAUUAUUUGAGUGAAAUAUUCUGUGUGUUAAAUUAAUUAGGCCUUUAGCUACCAUUGGUUUGUCAUGAUACGAUUUUUACUCAUGGUAUUUGUCAGUUAACUUUUCAUAAAGCAUCACUUUACUAAUUUUGGCGACUGUUAAGUCGUCAUGUUGAACUUCUCAUACAUUACUUUAGUGCCCUAUGGUAUAUACUUUUAAGAAUGGAAUACUAAACUCCAUAUUGUUGAAAUCAAUAACCUUUUUUUUUUUUACAAAGUAAGAGAGCCAAAAGUUUUUUUUAUCACUAACAUUAUUAAUAUUCAAAAUAUUUUCUCCAAAUAUUUUAAUGAUUCAGUUUCAAAAUAAUUUAUCUCAUCUAUAUAUUUGUCCAUGCAGAAAUAUAUAGAUCUAACUCUUAUUUGCCAAAUCUUUUAGGAGUAUAAAAGGAACCCAUCUGAGAUUCAAAAUCAUAAAUGAGAAUACUCGCUAUUAUUACUUUUAAUAACCAUUAUUUUGAGUCGUAUUGUUAUUGAUACAAAAUGUUAUGCAAUUUAAGUUUUCCACAUCGACUUGAAGGUGACUUAUUGAGAUUAUAUAUAAAAAUUUUAAGUUACUGUAAAUCUAUAUAUGAAAAUUUUAAGUUACUGUAAAUGAUGUAAGUGAUGUAUCAGCUCAUUAAUUAAAUGACCCAUUAUAUUUUAAACGAGUAAUACAAGAAUGAAAAACACAAUAAUUUUUAUCCAGUGGCAAAGAAAUCCUGACCGUAAGCUACUGAAUUGUGCCACUAUUAAGUAAACUACCCUAUACAACUAUAUGCAGUGGGUUUUUUUUUUUUUUUUUUUUUAAACUAGAUGCAUUAAUAUCAUGAUGUAUUAUUUUCCUGAAUUACAGUGUUUACAAUUACUUCUGUAAUCUAUUGUCACAGUGGUGAACUUCACAAACCGCGUCACCUUUUGUUUAACCUUACCAGAUUUAAGAAAAUAAUAUUGUUUUUGUGUAAUUUAUGCAAUAUAUUUAUGACAUGUUUAUAGAGCAUGUUGCAAUAUAUUUAUGUCAUGUUUAUAAAGCAUGUUUAUGUUUAUUUGUUAAAGAAUAUUAAGAUUUAUUUGUUGAGAAAUGCUGAUUGUUACAAUUACUAUAAUUUGUUUUAAGUACAUAAUUUAUGCAAGGGCAAAAUUACAUAAAAAUUAAAAAGUGUACAUAUGAUAUAGUGUCAAAUUACUUUUAAAAAUGUUACAUUCUGUAUAUAUGGUGAAUCUAUGACCAAGUUAAAAUUAUAUAUUUAAGAGAGUUGUAAAAGAAAACCAAUCAAAAAAUUAGAAGCAAAAAUGUCUACUGUUAUUUUGAAACUUACAUAAUUGAAAAAAAUAUGAAUGGGGAUAUUUUCUGAAGUUUACUGGAAAACUAAAUAAACUUAUAUGCAUUGA